AUGACCAAUUCUCUUGAACAAUUGAAAGCUACCGGAACCGUUAUUGUUACCGAUACCGGUGAGUUUGAGUCCAUCGCCAAGUACAAGCCUCAGGAUGCCACCACCAAUCCAUCUUUGAUUUUGGCUGCUUCUAAAAAACAAGAAUACGCCAAGUUGAUUGACGUUGCCAUUGACUACGCCAAGGACAAGGGAUCCAGUAAGAAGGAAAAGGCUAACAUUGCCUUGGACAGACUUUUGGUGGAGUUUGGUAAGAAGAUUUUGGAUAUUGUUCCAGGCCGUGUUUCCACCGAGGUUGAUGCCCGGUUGUCCUUUGACAAGCAAGCCACCAUUAACAAGGCACUUUCCAUUAUUGACUUGUACGAGAAGGAAGGUAUUUCUCGUGACCGGAUUCUCAUCAAGAUUGCUUCCACUUGGGAGGGUAUCCAGGCUGCACGUGAAUUGGAAGAGAAGCACAAUAUCCACUGUAACUUGACAUUGUUGUUCUCUUUCGUGCAAGCCGUUGCUUGUGCCGAAGCCAAGGUCACCUUGAUCUCUCCUUUCGUUGGAAGAAUCUUGGACUGGUACAAGGCUAGCACCGGUAAGGAUUACGAUGCUGAAUCGGACCCUGGUGUUCUUUCCGUUCGUCAAAUUUACUCCUACUACAAGAAGUUUGGUUACAAGACCAUUGUCAUGGGUGCCUCGUUCAGAAACGUUGGAGAAAUCAAGGCUCUUGCUGGUUGUGACUUUUUGACUGUGGCUCCAAAGUUGUUGGAAGAGUUGUACAACUCUCAAGAUGACGUUCCCCAGAAAUUGGAUGCAGCUAAGGCUCUGAGUGAUGAUCUUGAAAAGGUUUCAUACGUUGACGAUGAGGCCCAAUUCCGUCUUUUGUUGAACGAGGACGCCAUGGCUACUGAAAAGUUGGCCCAAGGUAUCAGAAACUUUGGUAAGGAUGCCGACACUUUGUUGAAGGAGUUGGAAGAGAGAUUUUAA